AUGCUCUUCCUGGCUGACUUAGUGCUCUGGUUCUAUGCACUGCACGUGAAGGCGGCGCGCCCAUGGGACCCAUAUUACCACGCGCUCUGCAACGUGGGCACCGCCAUCAGCUGUUCACGUAUUUUCUCCAGGUUGCCUGAGGACACUCUGGGCCUCUGUCCUGCUGCUGCUGAGAUCCCCGGUGUCUCUCACUGAUUCAGUCUACCUGGCCUGGACGCUGUUCUUCAUGCUCUAUGAUUUCUGCAUCAUUUGCAUCACUACCUAUGCCAUCAACGUGGGUCUGAUGUGGCUUAGUUUCUGGAAGGUCCAAGAACCCCAGGGCAAGGCUGAGGCACUAAGCUCUCGCCCCAAGCCUAGCUGGCCUUGUCUGCUUUGCUUUGGCAUAUGAUCCUUGCCCAAGGAGGCCUAUCUGGGUCCCUAGAAGGCCCUAGAUGCAGGGCCUUCUAGAGUCCCCUCUCCCAGCCAUACCCACACGCGACAAUGGACCAAAUGUGCCACAUGCUCGCUCUUUUUUCCACCCAGGUGCCUCUGACUCUGUCUCCAAGGGCUGGUCUCCAAAGCUCCUGCCAUUGCCUAGGGAGGGAAGGUUCUAAGCAAUAAAAUUUCUUAGAU